UCCCUUCCAACAUUCUUUCAGCACCGGUUUUCUGGUUUCCUUCCUUAUUUUUCCCAAGGAAACCUCAUUUGGAUCCAAUGGACUCAGUUAAUGCCUCCAAAAAGAUUGCGCCAAAGACUGGAGCAGACAAUGGCAACCCCAUAAACUAUGGCGACAAUAGGCAGAAGACGAUCAGAUCCCUUAGCAUUGGUGACUGCAUUAAGAGAAAGAGCACGGGAGGCUGGAACUCUGCAAUGGUAUUGCUAGCAAAUCAAGGCCUAGCAACACUAGCUUUUUUCGGUGUUGGUGUGAACUUGGUCUUAUUCUUAACACGAGUCCUCGGACAAGACAAUGCCAGUGCAGCCAAUAAUGUCAGCAAGUGGACCGGAACUGUCUACUUGUUCUCACUGGUUGGAGCAUUCCUAAGCGAUUCCUACUGGGGCCGUUACCUCACCUGUGCCAUUUUUCAACUAAUCUUCGUAUCGGGUUUGGUUCUAUUAUCUCUGGCGUCUUGGCUUUUCUUGAUCAAGCCUGAAGGUUGUGGCGAUGGGGAACAAGUUUGCAUGCCCGUUUCUUUGAUCGGCACUGCCUUAUUUUACUUGGCUACCUACUUAGUGGCCUUUGGAUACGGGGGGCAUCAACCCACCAUAGCGACCUUCGGAUCUGACCAAUUCGACGAGGCAAAUCCCAAAGAGAGGAGUUCCAAAGCAGCUUUCUUCUGCUACUUCUACUUUGCACUAAACGUGGGGUCUCUCUUUUCAAACACUUUCUUGGUCUAUUAUGAAGACAAUGGGAAAUGGACAAUGGGGUUCUGGUUAUCCACAGGAUCUGCCGUUAUAGCCCUCGUGUCUUUUCUGUUAGGAUCACCUGGAUAUCGGUACAUUAAACCGUGUGGCAACCCUUUGCCACGCGUCGCUCAGGUGUUUGUUGCGGCUGCUAGGAAAUGGCAUGUGGUUCCGGCUGAUGAGUGUCAGUUGUAUGAGGUGGAAGGGUCGGAGUCCGCGAUUAAAGGGAGCAGGAAGAUUCUUCACAGCAGUGAAUUUGGGUGUUUGGACAAGGCAGCAACCUCCACAGAGGAGGAUCAGAUCGGCCCGAUAAACCCAUGGAGACUCUGCACUAUAACUCAAGUCGAAGAAGCCAAAUGCAUCAUAAAAAUGCUCCCCAUUUGGCUCUGCACCAUCAUAUACUCGGUCAUCUUCACCCAAAUGGCUUCCCUCUUCGUUGAGCAAGGUGCAGUGAUGAACUCCCACAUUGGAACUACCAACUUCCAUCUCCCUGCAGCAAGCAUGUCCGCUUUCGACAUCUGCAGCGUCCUCAUCUUCACCGGCAUUUACCGCCAAAUCCUGGUCCCACUAGCCGGCAGACUCAGCGGAAACCCCAAGGGCUUAACCGAACUUCAACGAAUGGGAAUCGGACUUGUCAUUGGAAUGCUAGCUAUGGUUGCAGCCGGAGUCACAGAACUAGCAAGGCUUAAGCAUGCGAUCCCCGGUAAAAAUUCCAGCUCUCUAAGCAUAUUUUGGCAAAUCCCACAGUACGUGCUCGUGGGGGCAUCGGAGGUUUUCAUGUACAUAGGCCAGUUGGAGUUCUUUAAUGGGCAAGCGCCCGAUGGGAUAAAGAGUUUUGGUAGCUCGCUUUGCAUGGCAUCGAUUUCUCUAGGGAAUUACGUUAGUAGCAUGCUUGUGAAUAUGGUCAUGUCAGUAACGGCAAGAGGGGGUAGUCCCGGUUGGAUACCGGAGGAUCUGAAUAGGGGACACAUGGACCGGUUUUACUUUCUUAUCGCGGUGCUGACUGCAGCUGAUUUAGUGGUGUAUGUCUAUUGUGCUAAAUGGUACAAGUGUAUCAAUGUGGAGGAAAACAGCAAGGUGGGAAUUCAGAAUGAUGGAGAUGCAGAUGAAGGAAUGCUGAGUAGAGUUUGAACUUGCUUUUUUGGAAUAAUCAGGUUUUAGAAUUAUGCAUUCUCUUUUCAUGGUUGGAUUUGAAUGAUAAUAAGGUUGCCAUAUAUGCAGAGUUCUUAUCUGGUUUAAUGAG